GAUCGGAACCGGACGGGACCGGGACGGGACUGGGACAGGACCGGGACAGGAUCGGAACUGGGACAGGAUCGGAACCGGGACAGGACCGGGACAGGAUCCCGACCGGACGGGAGCGGGACAGGAUCGGAACCGGACGGGACCGGGACAGGAUCGGAACCGGACGGGACCGGGACAGGAUCGGGAGCGGGAUCCCACCCGCCAUGUCCUCCAGCGGCUGCACCUUCGAGGACCGCUGCGUGAGCGUGCUGUGCUGCCGCUUCUGCCGGCAGGUGCUGAGCUCACGGGGGAUGCAGGCGGUGCUGCUGGCGGACACCGACACCGACCUCUACUCCACCGACAUCCCGCCCUCGGGAACCGUGGAUUUCACCGGGAGCUGCUACUUCACGGAGAUCUGCAGGUGCAAGCUGAGGAACAUCGCCUGUCUGAAGUGUGGCAACGUCGUUGGCUACCACGUCAUUUGUCCCUGCAAGCCCUGCCUGCUGUCCUGCAACAACGGCCACCUCUGGAUGUUCCACAGCCAGGCCGUGUUUGGCAUCAACAGGCUCGACCCCUCUGGUGUGAAUGUGCUGCUCUGGGGCAACCUGCCAGAUCUGGAGGAGAGCACAGAAGAAGACACGUCCUGCACCUCUGAGGAGGAGUACAUCAGAUAAACGUCACCUGCAGGAUCUCCCCUCCACUUGUGGCCUGCCUCUUUGGUUUGGAUUUAUUUCAUUUCACCUGAUGGCCCAUCAGAGCUUAAACAACAGGGAAAAAACCAGAAAAUCUAGAAAAAAAAAUGCCAAAACAGGAAUUCUUCUUGCUCUUUCCCUGUAAGCACCCCUGGACCUGCCUGGUGUGAAUCCCCUGAGCAGAAACACCUUGAAAAUGCAAACAAAGUGCAUUUACUGAGCUCGAUUUUGCUUUUUAUUCUUAACCCUCUCCAGCUGAUAAUCCUUCUUUUCUUCUUCCCUGAAGCACUUUCCACAGAGCAAAACCUCUCAGCUGCUUUCAGUUCAAAAAUAAAAACCCUUCAGGAAUAAUCAGCCAGGUCGGGGAGCUCUGGGAGAGCUCAGCCCUGUGGUCAGAAGUUGCUCAAAUUUUUGCUGCUCUGGCUCAGUGAUCUCCUGCUCUUUGCAGCUUCUCUGCACCCCAGGGUGCUCCUAAAUGCACCCUGGGAAGCCUCUUAGAGCCUUUCCCUCUUUAUUUUUUCAAUAUUUUCAGGAUUCUGUCUCCACAGAGAUCAAGUUCAUGUUUUUUCUCCCCACUAAAACCCAAAAUCUGCAGGUUUUUUGGUAGAAUUUCAUGGCUACACUGGAGUUUUUCUUCAGGGCAGCAAUAAAACCCAUCCACUUUCAUAUAUAUAUAUAAAAUAUAUAUAUAUUCCCCUCUCCAAAAAAAAAUUCAUUCAUGAAAUUGGGUCUUUUUAGAGGAAAAAAAAAGAUCAGGUUAAAUAUUUGAUGUUCAUGCCUCAUUUUCCAUCCUGAGGUGCACAGACAAUGUGGUUCCUGUAGGUAAUGAACUCAAAGCUCAUUUUCUGAGUUGUUAACAAGCCGUGAUGAUUAAUUUCUGAACUCAGUACUGUCCCCUUCAGCUGCUCACCUGAAGGCCACCAAUAAAAAAUUCCAGGUAAAAUCAUAUCAGAGAACAGAGGACACUUUUAAAUUUGGAUUGGUGCUGAAUAAAUCACUCUGUAGCCUCUUGUGGUACUUGAAAGGGGUGCAAUGAAGACAGAUCUGAAUUUUCUCCAUAUUUUUACUGCUCAUUAUAUUUCUUAAUUAAUGGUACUACCUCUUCUGCACUGUUUAAAUGUAUAUUGUGUAUAUUUGCAUGUGUGUGUCUUGUUUUGAAUUCCUGUGUUGUGUCUGCCCUGGAAAUAAAAG